ACAUGCAACUUGCCAUGCUUUUCCAUACACAAACUAUGGCUUUCAAAAUAUUUGUUCUUCUCCUAACAGCCGCAAGGGCGAUUGCAUUUCCAUACAGUUCUGAUAUCCAUUUGCUAAAGCCACAUUCGGGCUCGGCGGGUCACAAACAUUCCGGCCUCAACUGCUUGAGUUGGCGCCUGGGGGUGGAGACCAACAACCUUCGGGACUGGACCCAAGUUCCCGCGUCAUGUAAAGACUAUGUUGGCCAUUACAUGCUCGGGAAACAAUAUCGUUUGGAUUGUAAUCUUGUUGCUGACUCGGCUUAUGAAUACGCUAAAGGACUAAACCUCACUGGUGACGGCAAGGACGUUUGGGUUUUUGAUAUCGAUGAAACCACGCUCUCCAAUCUCCCUUAUUAUGCUCGCCACUCUGUUGCUUUCGGGGCAAUACCAUAUAACGCGACAGCAUUUAAUGCUUGGGUGAUGGAAGCAGAGGCACCAGCCGUGCCAGGUUCUCUUAAACUCUACAAGAGAUUAGUGAAGAUGGGGUUUAAGAUCGUGUUUCUUACAGGGUCGGGUGUUGCUUACACGGACGUUCGUACUAAAAAUCUAAGAGCUGUUGGUUAUACUACUUGGGAGAAGCUCAUUCUCAAGGGAGCUGGGGACGCUAGUAGAGGGGUGGUAUACAAAUCAAACAAAAGGAAAGAGUUGGUUGUUGAUGCCGGAUAUAGGAUUCGAGGAAACAUGGGUGAUCAAUGGAGCGAUUUACUUGGAACCUACACCGGUGAUCGGACAUUUAAAUUGCCCGAUCCUAUGUACUACAUUGGUUAAAUUACUUCACCAACGAUUCGUAUAGCUAGAGAUCUAUCGAUGGGGUUUCAAGUUUCAUGCAUUUGGUAUACCGCACAAUAAAGACUCGGAUAAUCAAAAUCAAGUAAAUUUCUUCGUAUUACCGCAUGUAUCAUUCGAUCGGAUGUAAUAAUAUGGAAACAUUAAUUA